AUUGGCUGUGGCGGUGCCGGUGCGGGCUGAGGGGGCCUCGCGGCGCAGGUAACGGCGGGGCCGGCGGGGGUCGCGGGCAGCACCAGGUCUCUCCGUGCCCGCUGCGAUCACACCGCAGACCAGCUCCUGGCACCACUGAGCCAAACUGGAUUUCAACUGGUGAUCUGUAAGCUCUUCCAGACCUGACCAGCGGUUUCUCCCCUGUCUUGGAGGAGCAGCGAGUCCUGCGCAGGCGCAUGCCCCUCAGCCAGCAUGACAAGUGAGGUGGUGGAGAAUGAAUUUGAGUUUUACUCCAAGGCAGAGAAGUACUGGAAGGAUGUGCCUGCCACGGUGGACGGCAUGCUUGGGGGCUACGGCCACAUCUCCAGCAUAGACAUCAACAGCUCCAGGAAGUUCCUGCAGAGGUUUCUGCGGGAUGGCCCCAACCGCACUGGGACGACUCGCGCUCUGGACUGUGGGGCAGGCAUCGGCCGGAUCACCAAGCGGCUGCUGCUCCCUCUCUUCAAGACAGUGGACAUGGUAGAUGUGACUGAGGACUUCCUCACCAAGGCCAAGAGCUACCUAGGAGAGGAGGGCAGGCGCGUGCGCAACUACUUCUGCUGUGGCCUUCAGGACUUCAGCCCCGAGCCCAACUCCUACGAUGUCAUCUGGAUCCAGUGGGUCAUUGGACAUCUCACUGACAACCACCUCUCUGACUUCCUAAAGCGGUGCCGCGCCGGCCUGCGGCCCAAUGGCAUCGUGGUCAUCAAGGACAAUAUGGCUCAGGAGGGUGUGAUCAUGGAUGAUGUGGACAGCAGCGUCUGCCGGGACUUGGAUGUGGUCCGCAAGAUCAUCCACCGGGCUGGGCUCCACCUCCUGGCUGAGGAGCGCCAGGAGAAUUUCCCUGAUGAGAUCUACCAUGUCUACACCUUUGCCAUGAGAUGAGGGUGGCCAGCAGCGGGAGGAGGUCUCUCCGAGGCCAGCUCAGAGCACAGGCCAGCACAGCCGUUCCUGCUGGGGCCAGGAGGGGUGAGGACCGUGCCUUCACCAGGGGGAGGUGGACAGUGGCGAGGGCGUCGCAACUCCCUCUCUCCAGGGCUGGUGGCAAGGACGGAGCUUUGUCUUCCAAGUUGCUGCUGUUUGUGAAAAGAGGUGUUUGCCAAAUACAUUUUCCUGCUGUUGCACUUCUGCACGUGG